ACUGGGGAUCCCCAAAGAAAGGAAACCAGGGCCUUGGCUGCUGGGGUGAAGGCACAGGCCAUGAAAAGGAAUGACAUCAUUGACUUCAAGGCUUUGGAGAAAGAGCUGCAGGCUGCACUCACUGCUGAUGAGAAGUACAAACGGGAAAAUGCUGCCAAGUUACGGGCAGUGGAACAGAGGGUAGCUUCCUAUGAGGAGUUCAGGGGUAUUGUCCUUGCAUCACAUCUGAAGCCGCUGGAGCAGAAGGACAAGAUAGGAGGAAAGAGGACUGUGCCCUGGAACUGUCACACUAUUCAGGGAAGGCCCUCCCAGGAUGAAACCACUGAAAUCUCCCCGGAGAAAACGCUCCUCCAGCCCGAGACCUCGGCUGAGUUCUACCGUGAUUGGCGGCGAUACUUGCGGAGUGGGCCAGAGCGCUACGAGGCCCUGCUGCAUCUCGGGGGCCCAAAGCUGGGCCGCCUCUUCCAGAUGGAUGUGGGGUUUGGACUUCUAGGGGAGAUGCUGAUGGCACUGGCUGAUCAUGUGAGGCCAGCUGACCGGUGGGUGGUGCUGGGGAUCCUGCGCAGCCUGGCCAGCACUGGCCGCUUCACCCUGAACCUGAGCCUGAUGAGCCAUGCGGAGAGAGAGAGCUGCAGAUCCUUGUUUCAGAAGCUGCAGGCCAUGGGCACCCCCAGCCUGGAGGGGCGGGGUCUGGGGGAGCAGCCUGGUGGGCUCCAGGAGGAGGAGAGUCUUCUGCAAGAGCUGCUAAGGCUGUAUCAUGUGGACUGA